UAAGAAAGGCAUUUCUUCUUAUCAGUUAGCUAAGGAUGUUGGUAUUACUCAGAAAAGUGCUUGGUUUGUAUUACAAAGAUUACGAUAUACUUUCAAAAGUCCUAUUUUUGAAACUAUGCUGGAUGGAUUAAUUGAAAUUGAUGAAACUUUCGUUCCUGUGCUAGGAAUAAUAGAAAGAAACGGAAACCUAAUUACCCAAGUAAUUCCUAACACUCAACAGCAGACUAUUGAGCCAAUAAUCAAGGCAAAAGUUAAAAAGGGUUCGGAUGUCUACACGGAUGAGUGA